GACGUCUUGUCAGUAGAUGAAAAGAUGGCGAAUGUGCGUGAUAGUGAUACAAGUUUGUGGCUACACAAUAAACUCGGUAUAUCGAAUGAUUCCUGGACCGGGGGCUCAAUAUGUUCACAAUUAAAUGUAGAAGUUUUACGAAAUAUAAAAGACUGUUUUCCAGACUUACAGACACAAGUAAAAUUGAAGUUGUUGCUCAGUUUCUUUCAUAUCCCGCGAAGGAAUUUGGAAGAGUGGAAGUCGGAACUUGAAUCAAUAUUGGAUGUAGCAGUACAAGAUUCUGAAUUAUGGGUGGCGAUGUUGGCUGAAGCUUUAAAAACCUAUCCUUCAACAGGUUCAUUAAAUACAGAAAUAUCGGAUUUAGAAGAAGUAAAGCCUAUUGUUACUGAUUUAGUAAAUGAUCUCAGAAAGUUAAUUAGGAAACAACUGGAAACUGUGAUGCUACCUAUGGAAUGUCAUUAUUUAAACAAAUCGGCACUUGUAUCAGUGGUUGGAAACAGACCUGAACCUUUGAAACAUUUCACUCUUAGAAAAAAGCAAAAAUCUGCUGUAUUACGAACUGAAUUAUUGCAAAAAUCAAUGGAUGCAGCAUCUAAUCUUAAAAAAUCUUCUGCACCUGUUGUUCCUGUACGCUCUAGAGGAAUGCCUAGAAAAAUGACUGAUACUACACCCUUAAAAGGUAUACCAAGCAGAGUUCCCACUUCAGGUUUUAGGCCCAUAUCAUCAAGUCUGAAUAAUAGGCUCCCUACUAUCAGACCUCCUGCUGGUAGAAAAGAAGGAGGGGUUAAGAUGCUUGAUAUUGCUGAUCAACCUGUUGGAUUUGCGACAGCAAAGAAACGAAAAAGAUUGCAAGAAAUGGAAAGUGCCAAAAAAGCAGCAACAGAAGCCAAUACAGUACAAAGUCCUCCAGCUACAACUGGAUCCACCCCAGAUCACGCUUCAAAUUUGAGUACAGCUCCAACAUAUGCUCCAGCACCGCAACCUACAGUUCAACCCACAGCUACUCCAGCAACGCCUCAAGUCACAGCUCAACCGACAGUGGUUGUGCCUGUAUCCCAAGUACAAUCCGCCAUUACUGUUCAAACUGCGACAGCUUUACCUACAGCCACUCAGUUCUCCACAACUACAUCCUUACGACCAGUCCCGCCGCUUUUGGCAACAACGCCUUUAGGACAGAGAACUAUAGUGGCUGAUCAACAGACCUUCACUGUGGUGGGGCAAAUACCUACCCCCAACAUAGUGACGCAAAGGCCAAUGCAGAAUCAGUCCACCGUUACUCAUAUUCGUAUACACACGCCACAACAGCCUGCCAGUGCUCUACAGAAGAGAGGAUUGGCUUUAACGAGAGAGCAAAUGCUAGAAGCCCAAGAUAUGUUCCGAACUGCCAACAAAGUUACACGUCCAGAGAAAGCACUCAUUCUUGGCUUCAUGGCUGGUUCACGAGACAAUCCUUGUCCCCAUUUGGGUAAUAUAGUGACAAUAAAACUUUCCGAGGACCAAGAAAAUGUGCAACAAUCUGAUGAAACAUACCUAACUAUGAUGGUGGAAACUCAUUUCCAAAUGAACUACAAUAAUGGAGAAUGGAAAAGGAUAAAAAAAUACCGUCACAUUGAGAAUAUGGUGGAACCUGUGUCUCAAAAUAAUCAAGCUACUGCUUAUGUCUGAUAAUACAUGAGUGUGGAGACAGUUUUGUGACAGAGGAACUUUUGAAACAAUACCGAAAUACAUUAUAUUACUCGUAUAAUUAAAGGUUAUGUUGUGCCACUUUAAGCAUGAUACAUCCCUUGGAAUAGGGAUGUAGCUGUUUAGAGGUGUUUUUUCACAAGUCUUAGACAAUAUAUUCUACAUGAAUGCAUUGCAAAAUAUCGUACUCUUCCAAGCUUUCUUCUUUAUACGAUGUUUUAAAACUUUUAGGAUGGCUCUACUACGAGAUUAAAAUUCUAUUGAGAUGGUUCAAACAAUUUCUUUUGUACAAUAUUAACUAAAAAGACUUAAAAUUCGCUAAUGAAUUUUUGAUUGUUAUUUGUACAAUUAUUUUAUUGAUUUGUAUAUAAAAUUGUAUUAAGUUGAAUAUUAAGAAGAAAAAAAUUAUUGAUCCUGUUAUAUUUGUAUAUACUUUGAUUUAUUAUAGAAAGAAUGCCAAUUCUGAGAUUCUCAGGUUUAAAAAAGCUUUAUUGUGAGACGAUUUUAAACAUCAGCAAUUUUGUAACCUCAAAAUCUUUAGUCAUUUCGGUAUCCUCUAUGAAGAAGGUAGAGAGGUAGAUAUCAAUGAUUGAUCUGUUUUCAAUGCAACAUAAUUUUGAGAGUAUUUAUACAAAUUGUUAUGAAAAUAAAGAUUAUUAUUUUA